AUGGCCAGCACACAAGACCAUUUAACAGUAUCAAGAGAUAUAACCCCACUUAAUCAUUCAAUUGGUACCAAUUCUUCUAAAAAAAUGUAUGGUCAUAGACAUAGAAGAUCAUUAGCCAUUUCAAGCGAUUUCCAAUUCUUGAAAACGUCAAGCGUUCCAGUACAAGCUCCUAUAUCCUCACCAUUAUCGGAUUCAUUUGAUUCUGGUGCAUCUACGCCUACAAAGGUCACAACGGAUCUUCCUAUUACCUCAGAUGCUACACCUGUUAUUAUGAAAAUGCCUCUUUAUAUGUCUUCUACUAAGGCAGUAUCACCAUCGUCUUUAAGAAAUAGCAAAGCUUAUAGAAGAAACGUGAUGAAUUCUUAUGUAAAGGGAGAAUCCAAUCAUUUGAGGACCAAAUCUUUGUCCUUUCACAAUGGUCCACUAGCAGACGAAACAAUGAUUGAUUUAAAUGAAGUUAUAAUGAUGAUGCCUAAACCAACCAAGAGAUCAUUCCAUAGUGGUUUUAAUUUUGAUAAAAUAAAUGAAAGGCAUAAGAGAUGUGAUUCUGCACCUGAAUUCCAUUUAUCAUAUGUUACUAAUAAACCUUUCUCUAGAUCAGAUGAUGGAUUUUCUGAUUCAGACACAACGAAGAUUCCAGAAGAUGAUGAAAAUGAACAAGAUGGAAAUGAAGAGGAGGAACAACAUACUGAAAACAAAUUGUUAUCACCUAUACGACAUGUGACAGCAGGUAUUCCUAACGCAACAAUUGUUCCUGGUAUUAUUAAUGACUCUCCAUUUUUGACACCUAAACCGUCAUUUUCUAAUUUCAAUUCAAUGUCACUAACAAACUCACCAAAUUCAUCUAUUAUAUCUAUGAAUAAUAACAAUAACUUUAAAGCUAAUACAAACACAAGCGUUUCUACAUUAAAUACCUUAAAGAUUAAUAAACAAAAAGAAAGAAUGGGUAAUUAUUCUAAACAAUUAUUAUUUUCAUCAAUACCAUUAUCAUCAUCACCUACAGUAUCAUCUACAGCAUCAAAUUAUCCUACCAAGAGACCUAUUAGUCCGUAUUUAUCAACAUUUAUUAGCUCUAAUAAUAUUAACAACAAUAAUACCAAUUCUAUGGAUGAUACGAAGGGGAUUCAUAACAAAAAGGCCAAGAAUUAUCAUUCAUUUAAUUUUGAAAGUAAAGUUUAUGAUAUUUUAGAUGCUCAUACGAAUGAUAAUGAGGGUACGAGAACUCCUAGUGUGACAAAAGAUAAUGUAGAACAAGUCGUUGAGCAAAAUUUAGAAGAAGGAAAUGAUAAUGCGGAUGAGUUAAUGUUGAAGAACGAUACAUUAAUGGAUUCAAGUUGGAAUUCAUCUCAUGGACAUGAAACUGAGACCAUGUCAAAUGACGUUAAUAAGAUUAAAGUUAAGAAAAUUAUUAACAAAUUGUUAAGGAGAUUAACUUUGAUCCCCUCCAAUAAUAAUAAUAAUAAUAAUAAGAAGAAGAAGAAGAAGUGA